AUGUGGGCCGCCUCCGCUCUGCUCCUCGCCGCCAUCCUCUCGGCCGCCGCCAACCCGGACGCCAAGCGGCUCUACGAUGACCUCCUCUCCAACUACAACAGGCUCAUCAGGCCCGUCUCCAACAACACCGACACCGUCCUCGUCAAGCUCGGCCUCAGGCUAUCCCAGCUCAUAGACCUGGUCGUUCUGCCCAAUUCUGAAGGAAAAGUUUUCCAGUCCUCAUUUACUUUCGUACCUUGCGAUCAAGCCGAAGAAGAUCUUAUCCCGUGGAGGCCACAUCAGAUCGGCAGCCAGCUAAUAAAAGAGGCGACUAUAAAAUCGAACCCUGUCAUCAUUGACACCGAACUUCAUGGCUUCCGAGCUUAA